CGUGAACAUACAUGUCCUCCCUGAAACCCGUCUUCUUUUCUUAUUCACGCCCACUGCUGCAAAAAGACUCCCCUCGUCCCCGCCUCCCACCUAACCUGCCCGCGUCUCAUGGCUGCGGCCACGCUCCUCUAUUCUCCAUCAGCCUGCCGCCAUCCUUACAAAUACUCUCAUUUACUAAUCCCCGUUUGUGCCUCAGCCUGGUGCUGCACUCUCCAUCGCUAGACCAACAUGCCUCACCGCAACCUCAUAUGCCGCCUUCUCUUCUGCGCCAUAGUUUCUGUAUCUGUCCUUAACAUAUUCACAAAGGCCUCCACACCCCGCUUGCACCAUCCUGCAAAGGCCUCAUCCCACCACGGCUCGUCCGGCAUUUUCUGCCCUCAGUCCUCACUCGCCAAGGACGUCCUAGUGGUACUACGAACUGGUGCCACAGAGUCCCUUGAAAAGGUACCGGUGCACUUCCGGACCACGUUGCAAUGUGUGCCCCAUUAUGUCAUCCACUCGGAUCUAGACGAAGAGAUUGAGGGCCACGCUGUCCACGACGUCUUGAAGGGCGUCAGCGACAAGACCAAGCAAGAAAACGACGACUUCAAGCUGUAUCAUCAGCUGCAAAAGCAUGGAAGGCGUGGGGUACCACAACAGCAGGUCAUGACGUCGUUGUCUGGUUCCUCGCAGGGAGAUUACAUGCGUACCGACAACGCCGGAUGGCAACUGGACAAGUGGAAGUUCUUGCCUAUGAUUGACCAAGCCAUCAAAGCGAAGCCUGACGCCAAGUGGUAUGUCUUCAUCGAGACCGACACAUACCUGGGCUGGAACAACCUCCUCGAAUACCUCUCCAACUUUGACGACAGCAAGCCCUACUACAUCGGCAAACAUCUUUACAUCAACCAAGUCGAGUUCGCAUACGGCGGCGCUGGCUUUGCCUUGUCCAACCCCGCCAUUAUGAAGGUUUCUGAACAGCGAUCCCAGCACCUAGAGGAAUACGAAGAGUUUACCAAGACACACUGGGUUGGAGACUGCGGACUGGGCAAAGUUUUUGAAGACAGCAAGAUCCCACUCCACCGCGCAUUCCCGCACUUCCAGAGCGAUUCACCAGCUACCCUCAACCCAGCGACGUCCAAGAUCGACCGCGACCUGUGGUGUUACCCUACCAUCACCUACCACCACGUCUCGCCCGCCGAGAUUGAAGAGCUUUGGGAGUUUGAGCAGGACUGGUACAAGCGACACCAAAUCCUCCUACGUCAUCGAGACAUCUUCACGGAGCUGGUCCGGUCCAAGAUUGACACGUCAGUAUUGGAAUGGGACAACAUGUCUGCAGACAAAGAAUACAACGCUCAUGACCAUUCUGCUGCCGCGAAUCAACUCGAAAGAAACGCAUGGAAAUCAUUUGAGCACUGCCACGACCUGUGCGAAGAGCAAAGCGACUGCAUGCAAUUUUCUUUUGACGCAGGCAGUUGUGCCAUCUCGACGACAUUCAAGUUGGGCUAUGCCAAGCCCUCAGGAAGAAUAAAGAGUGGAUGGAUGCUCGAUCGGGUCGACGACCUGUUCCGCCAGCUUGAAGACCGCUGUGGCCUGAGAGAUUGGUUUGCGCCCCAUGAAAGCGCAUCCAACACCGAACUCAAGCUCAAGCGGAUGAUGAGAAGGAAGGUUUAACCUUUCGCUACCACUUUCACUUUGCCUACAGCAUCAGCAUUUAACGAAUUUCUUUUCUCUUGUAAUUCCACAAAGUCAUGAUACCCCCCCAUCCAACAUAGACACUCGCUACCUGGUCUACCCCUACCAGUCCAUCCUACCAACCGCUGGGUUUACACACGUGUAUAUAGAAUAGUCACAAAGCCGCACUGCGCGAGCCGUCCUGAAUCAAAGAAUUAAUUUAAUC